AUGAAUAAAGAGAUUGAUCAAAUGUCAAUAUUAAGAUUCAUACUUCUAUUUACAUUAUUAUAUUCAGUCAAUGCAACACCACCUUCAUGUUUUCUAAGUUGUGUAGGAGAAGUCACUAGAGAUUGUCAUUCAAAAUUAACUGAUGUUACUUGUGCAUGUAUUAGUGAAGAUAAAUUAAUUGGUUGUCUUGUUGAUAUAUGUCCCUACGGAACCUUCCUAAGUGCUAGAGAUCAUUUUAUGGGUACUUGUUUAGAACAUGGAAGACCAACUGUCACUAAUCGUAUAGGAGGUCGUCGAUAUACCGGUGGUUUUGGUUACUUUCUUUUGUUUUUGUUUAACAAUAACGAUAAUGAUGAAAAUAUAGAUGAUAAGGCUCCAGCUAAUAAACCAUUAAUUCCACGUCGUGGCGGUCCAUCUAAACCUCAAUCUCCAAAUGUUAGAAAGCCAAGACCAACCAGAGUUCAAAAAUUACCACCCAAAUAUACAACACCAUCUGAUCCUCAACCUGCCCCAAGAAGAGAAAACAGACCUCCUCCUCCUCAUCCCCCCAGUGAAGAUGAUAGUGACAAUGAAUAUAAUCCAGAUCGUGGAACACUUACCCUUCUUUGGCUACAUCAACUACGGUUACCUCUAAAAUACCUAAUUAGAAGACCCAUAAAUGUCCCUAAAAAAUAUCGGGAUCCAAAUAAUUUAGGAAAACCAAGAAGAGUUCUAAUUAAACGACCAGUAAAAUAUUAUCAACAAGAUUCAGCAGCACCCAAACGGAAAUCUCAACAUGUAAAGAGAAUCAGUAGUUUAAGCUUAACUAAAAAACCAGUAUUAGGAUCAACAUAUCUGGAAGAUAUCAACCCCAAGCCUCCUUCAAGGUUUAAAACAUCAAAAAAUCGACCUGAUCGAUCAUCAUCUUCUUUUAAUAGCUAA